AUGGAUUCAGACGUGCUGAAAUUAUGUUUAGACAUUGUAAUGUCCGGCGAUUCUUCGACCGUGCAUCUUUUCGAUAAGAUGGAUUAUUACGUCGCCGUAGACAGGGACGCUCAACGGAUAGCCACCGAAAUUUUCAAAACGUCGGUGGUUCUGAAAAAGGCAGAGAUUGCAGACGACGAGCAUGUAACGUACGUGAACUUGAACAGGAACCAGUUCGACAAGGCGGUUCGUGUGCUGCUGUCUCAGUCUCAAUGCCGUAUAGAGCUGCUGCGCUAUAACUCAAACUCGGCUGCUUGGCAGCUCUUUGCUAGGGCGACCCCUGGCAACCUUUCGGAGCUGGAGACUGUUCUCGGAGACUGUUCUGACCUGCAGGACAAUAACCGUCUCCUGGCCGUGCGUGUCGUCACCGAAGCCAGCAGCAGCAAGUUAAAGCAGAUGGCGAUGCUUGUGCAAUUUGACCCUAAAGAAGUUCUUGCGAUAGGAACUACUGAUCCUUUGAUGCGUCUGCAUUUGGAAAACAUUGCAAAAGCUGCGGACGUCGCAUUUUCUACUGCAAAGGAUUCGUUCGAGCCUUAUGAGCUAGUUGCCAAUUUGAACACGCUUCUCAAAGGUCAAAAUGGAAGCGACCUGAACAGCAGCACGCUUCCACAGAUGAACCUCACCGAUGCGAUGCACUCUCUUCAUGCGCUGAUACGGUACCAAGAAUUGACGAAAGAUGAUAGCAACUCGCACAACUUUGAUAUUAGUACGAUCUCACUCGGAAAUUGUAUGCAGAUGAAUGCGGCGACUGUUAAAAGUUUGAACCUGAAUCGAAUCGGUGUUUCUUCCAUGGAAAGUCUUUAUAGCGUCCUUAAUCACUGCCAGACGGCGCCAGGAGCAAGACUGCUAAACGUCUGGAUAAGAACACCGUUGUUGGACAAGGAUAAAAUAGUUGAGAGAUUGGACAUGGUGGAGGCUUUCGUUAAUGACGGCGAAGCUCGACCACUUUUUCAUGAUGAGUAUCUUUUGCAUUUUCCUGAUUUCCAGAAACUUCUGCGGCUUUUCGCGACUAGGCGAGCCGGUCUGCAGGUUGACUUGCAUAAAGUUUAUUUGUCACUUUUGGAACUUCCAAAGUUCUGUUCAGCCCUUGCCGACAUGAACGAUGGUGUGAUAAAUGCAAAUUUUUGUCAGCCGUUGGAGAAGUUGCGCGACGAAUUUUCAAACUAUCUGAGCAUGGUACAUUCGACCUUGGACUUAGAACGAAUGGAAGAAUGUAACGAAUUAAGGAUCAAACCAGAUUUUGAUGAGACACUCACAGCUGUGCAUGAUCAAAUCGAAGAAUUGGAGCGGAAAAUAACGCAGGAGUUAAACAGAGUCGCAGCACGCUUGGACCUGAAAGAUAACAAAUCGGUCAAAUUGGAGUCGAACGAUCAGAUCGGUUACUUCUUCAGAGUAAACCUAAAGGUAGCGAUUGUAUAUUGA